AUGGGUUUAUUUUUAUCGAAGAUUGUUGAAGCUAUAACAGCUUUUAGCGGUAGUGAUCCAUCCCGGAUAUUAAUGUUAGGAUUAGAUGCUGCUGGUAAAACGACGGUAUUAUAUAAGUUAAAGUUAAAUGAGACAGUAUGUACAAUACCUACUAUAGGAUUUAAUGUCGAAACUGUCUCACCUGUUAAAGGUGUUACAUUCACAGUGUGGGAUGUUGGAGGACAAGAAAAAAUUAGAACUUUAUGGAGACAUUAUUACCAGAACGCACAAGGUUUGGUAUAUGUUGUUGAUAGUGCUGAUGUUACCAGAAUGGCCGAAGCUAAAGAAGAAUUACAUGCUAUAUGUAAAGAUAUCCAAAUGGAAGGUGUACCUGUUGUCAUAGUAGCCAAUAAACAGGAUUUACCUGGAGCGUUAAAAACAUCUGAAAUAGCUGAUCAAUUAGAUAUGAUGUCAUUCCGAGAUAGAAAAUGGUACGUUCAAGGAGCUUGUGCUAAAACUGGAGAAGGAAUCUAUGAAGCGAUGACUGAAAUGGCCAGAUUAACAAAAUUAUUCCAGAGUAAAAGAUGAGGGAAAUUUCAAAAUAAUGAUGUGUGUGUGUAUUAAAAACAAUGGAUGAACAAACUAGUGUAUAUAUACACAUAUCAGUUCUAUUGUUUCAACACUUACAAUCUGAUUAAAA